AUGGAUUUGAUGGCUUACGUUCCCCACUUCUCGGAGGCGCCAAACGUCGAGUCUACACCGGUGAUCCAGCAUGUUUGCGAGCAACCGAGCGAAGAGGACGAAGUGGAGAAUGUGAUGCCGGGAAAUUCGAUUGGCGCGCGACUGCAGCGUUGGUUCUUACGCAAACGGAUUUUAUCGCGAAAGCAUCAUUUGACGCACUGGAGUUUGAAAAGCACGACCGCGGUGAAUUACGAGAUCUCGCGACACGUGAAAUCCCAUCCCUAUAUGAUUCAUCCAUUCAGUUCAUUCUGUAUCUUCUGGGAAUUAUUUAUGACGCUGUUCACGAUCGUGGCCCUUCUGAUCACACCAGUCUCGAUCACGUUCUACUUCAAUCAUCAGGGUGACUGGCAUCUGCUCAACGAUGUGAUGAACAUCGUAUUUUUUUGCGACAUCAUAGUAUGGUUCUUCACGGGUUACUACGACUACCGGACGAAGGUUAUAGUCCUCGAUCCCAGGAUAGUAGCGCUCAAGUACCUGAGGAAGUACUUCCUGGUAGAUGUAUUGACCGCGCCGCCGAUAGGGCUAAUCCAAAUGGUUAUGCCCAAUAUGACAUGGUUUUGCACCACUCUGAACAUGAUGAAGUUCUUACGGAUUCGAAACAUAACCGUGUACUCCCAUAGACUUCACGGCGUGUACCGUAUCAAGUAUCAGUUGCACAAGAUACUCGACACAAGCCUCAUCGUGUUCAUGACUAUACAUUGGGCCAGUUGCCUGGAGUAUUAUGUUCCCAUGUCCGUCAACUAUUUGGGCACUUUGAGCAACGAAUCCUGGAUCAAAUCGGAGUCUUUUCUGUCCAAGACCACGACCAGAGAACAAUACAUACUAUGCAUGAACCGCGCCGUAACCGCGUUAUUACGUUCCGCCCACUAUCUGGACAUGAAAACGCCGGAAGAUAUUAUAUUAAACCUGAUACUCACGGUAACCGGGUUCAUUGGUUUCGUGUAUGUAUUAACCCAAUUCUCGGACCUGCUGACAACGUUUCAUAUAACGAUCAAGCGUAACCUGAAGAUCGUACAACAAUUACAAGAAUACAUGCGGUACAAGGAGCUCCCGCAGGCGUUACAACGUCGUUUACUGGAGUACUACCAUUACCGCAACAAAAAACGCUUCGAGAGGGACAAAAAGAUCAUCGAAGAGGUCUCGCCCUGCUUGAGGGAGGAGCUCAUUUUACAUAAUUAUCUGAGGCUGAUCAGCAACGUAAAAUUGUUUGAGUAUCUGCCGGAAAGCGUGGUGGCGCAGCUGGCCAGCUCGGUGCGCUCCGAGAUCUAUAUGCCCGGCGACAAGAUCGUUAAAGCUGGUACACGUGGCGAAUCCCUCUAUUUUAUUACCUCCGGCACGGUGGCGAUCUACACAUCAACAGGAAAAGAAAUUUGCCAUCUGGAGGACGGAAGUUACUUCGGGGAGAUCGCCCUGGUGAUGGAAACCGAGCUAAGAAUAGCCACUGUGAUCGCGGUGGAGACCUGCGAGAUCUGCGUGUUGGAUCGCGGCGACUUCCGGCGUUACAUAUCCCGAUAUCCGGACCUGUUGAAUCGCUUGCAGAACGUUGCCCUCCAGAAUCUGGAGAACAGCCCGAUAUUAGGGAAAACCCAUGAUCUGCACACCUCGCCCAGGCAUCAAUAUAUCAAUAUCAGUAGCAUAAAGCGGAUGAAGAAGACCGACAGGGACCGGGGAGAACUGUAGUUCUAUCUUUCUUUGAAUUGUCAGACAGCGUCAUUCUUUAAAGUUAAAUUUCUUACGUUUCUUCUCUAUCUUAUAGUGUUUCUCAUAAACUAACGUUGUGGGGGUUAAGCA